AUGAGCGCUCCGAAGCCAAUCCUCAUUUCCGGCGCCGGCCUCGCCUCGCUCCUACUCGCCCGCUCGCUGCACCGUUCCAAGAUCCCGUUCCUCGUCUUCGAACGCGACGCGUCCAUCGUCUUCAGAGCGCAGGGUUAUAGGUUGAGACUCUCGGCGCAGGGUCUGGACGCCAUUGAGCAAGUGCUCGGUCCGGCAGGAUUCAAGACAUUCUACGACGCUUGCGGCAAAACUGGCGGGGCUGGAUUCGCGGCAGUGAACCCGCUGACAGGCGAGACAAUAGGUGGAGAUGCUCCGAGCGUCAAGAGCGAGCCUUUGACCAGCAGAGACGGCAAGGUCGUUGGAGUGUCGCGCGGUGAUAUGCGCAAGCUGUUCAUGGACGGCAUCGAGGACCGUGUGGUUUGGAAACACCAGGUCGCAGCCUACGAGAGGACGGACAAUGGUGUGCGACUAGUCUUCGCCGACGGUACCAAGUCCGAGGAGGGCUCUAUGCUGAUCGGUGGUGAGGGUGUUAAGAGUGCAGUCGCUGGUCAGCUGUCCAAUGGGGCGAUUAAAGUCUACGAUCUCGGUUCCAGAGGAAUACAUGGACAAGCCCCGACAGCAGCCUUCAAGGCCUUGGGCGAAGGUGUCUUCCGCCUCGUCGACGAUACAUCACAGCCGAACGGUGGCAAGGUCUUCGUCAUCACAAAUGUACGCGCAGGCGACAUGGACAAGCCCGACGUCAACUUCGGCUGGACCAUGAUCGGCUCUCCAGGCGUCAUCAAAGCGCCGAACGACAAUUACACGAUUACUGGGCCGCCUGCUGCACAGAUAGCAAAGGCACUUACAUCGCACUGGCAUGAUCGUGUCAAGCUACUCUUCGAUAACAUGGCCGAGUCGGAAGCAGCUUUCUGGAAGAUAACAUGUUCGUCACCAGAAGGCGUACCGAAGUGGCCCAACGACCCUCGAGUCACUCUGGUUGGCGAUGCGGUGCAUGCCAUGACGCCGGCAGGAGGCAACGGCGCAAACACAGCUGUGCGCGACUCGGCUUUGCUCGGUCGAUUGAUAGCCGAAGCCUGGGAGAGAGGCGAUGGCGAUAGAUGGACGGGUGUCACAGAAGCAUAUGAAAAAGAGAUGCGAAUAUACGCAACAGAGGCUGUCAAGGCUAGUUAUGGGCAGGCUACAGGGCAAUUCGGCAUUGAUCUUGAUCUCAACACUGCGCCUACAAUUAACGAAUAUGUCGCGCCAAACUGA